AUGAGUUCAUAUUUUGUCAACUCUCUCUUCUCCAAAUACAAGAGUGGAGACUCUUUACGUCCCAAUUAUUACGAGUGCGGGUUCGCGCAGGACCUUGGGAGUAGACCCACAGUAGUGUAUGGACCAGGCACUGGAGCAACUUUCCAACAUCCCCCUCAAAUCCAGGAAUUUUACCACCACGGAGCGUCCACGCUCUCCAGUGCCCCUUACCAACAGAGUCCCUGCGCCGUAACAUGCCAUGGAGAGCCGGGCAACUUCUACGGGUACGACGCUCUCCAGAGGCAAACCCUUUUUGGACCCCAGGACGCAGAUUUGGUCCAGUACAACGACUGCAAGCUAGCCGCUGGUGGUAUCGGGGAUGAGACGGAGAGCACGGAACAGAGCCCCUCUCCAACGCAGUUAUUCCCGUGGAUGCGACCGCAAUCUGCCGGACGAAGGCGAGGCCGACAGACCUACAGCCGUUACCAGACACUGGAGCUGGAGAAAGAGUUCCUAUUCAAUCCCUACCUGACCCGCAAGCGGCGAAUCGAGGUAUCGCACGCCCUGGGACUGACCGAGAGGCAGGUCAAAAUCUGGUUUCAGAACAGGAGGAUGAAAUGGAAAAAGGAAAACAACAAGGACAAAUUCCCCAGCAGUAAGACAGAGCAGGAAGAGAUCGAGAAGGAGAAACGACAGAAGGAGCAGGGCGCGGGGACACACUCGUCCGGGGAAGACUGCGACAAAGCCAAGCAAAUGUAA